UGGUAAAACAAGGGCAAGCUUUGCAUUGUCCUUGGACGUGGAGUUAAUUAGAUGUUCUCAGCAGCUUUUGGCAUGGAGUAGCGAACCUUGGCUCACCCUAUUUUUUCUUUUUCUUCCUUUCAUAAGUCUCUGUUUCCUCGUGUUUGUCUGUCAUCAUUGAGAAAGGUUCCCGUGCGGUUCUCUCUGUACUCAGAGCGGCCUUGGUCCGUGACUCCCAUGGCAAGAUCCUUGAAGGCUUGAGGAAGAAAGAGCCUAUGUUCGUGCCCUGCAGUAGUGUGUUCUCCUUUGUUUGGGUCACCAGUCUCCUUCCCCCAAAGCUGGGUGGGCUGCGUCCCCACCUCUGCGGGGACAGGAGCACAAGGAGUGACUGCUGGCCACCGGUGCCAGGAAGGCAGGGGAGGGGUCAGUCUUCCGCCUGUUCUCUUCCCGCCCCGUGGCGUCUGUCUGCCACCGGCUUGCUUCCUGCCUCCUUUGACUUGGCUUUAACCUCCCAUAAAACAUCCCUGAGCUGCCUGAAAGACACCAUGAUGUUGAAUGGAGCUGCCAGUAGUUCUUUCCCGCUGCCAGGUACAUAAAGUCACAGACCUAAUUUUGAAAGCAUAGGGCAAGCAGCUUUUGGAGCACUUGGAAAUCAUGUCAGGUGAGCUUAUGUGAAUGUGCCCUUUGCUCCUCCACCCUCAGGAGUGAAAACUGUUCUGAGGAGUAAGUGCCGCAGCUUCCUUCUGGGACAUAACUGCUUAAGCUGUUCAGUCCUUUAUUCUGACACUUUGUCCUGUUCUACCUUUACCCUUUCUUCUUUUUCUCAGAAUCCUUAUUUUGCUUUUAUUGUUUAAUGCAGGACUUGAACACCCCUAAAUUUUUUUUUCUUCUAUGUUAGAGAAAAUGGCAGGAGUGGGGCAGAAAAAAUUGUGAUUGAAGUAACAGAAAUGCUGAGGCACAGACGCUCAUUUCUAGAUAACUAAAACUCAGUUGUAUUCAAUGCAGGUUUAACUGAUGCCAAAAUAGCAGAGAAAUCAGAGCCCUGGGCUACCUUAGGAAUCAGAAUUAGCCUCUUCAUUUCACAGGAUUAAUUUAUUUUUGGAAAUCAAGUGCAAUAUUAAAGGAAAACAAACCACACUACAUUAUUGGAAGCCAUUUCUGCUAAUUUUAUUACAUUUUAAAAUUUAUGGUUUGAUUUGAAUACUAUCAUGGGAGGAGCUGUGAGUGCUGGGGAAGAUAAUGAUGACUUAAUUGAUAACUUAAAAGAAGCUCAGUAUAUCCGCACUGAAAGAGUGGAGCAAGCCUUCAGAGCGAUUGAUCGCGGAGAUUACUAUUUGGAAGGCUACCGAGACAAUGCUUACAAAGACUUAGCCUGGAAGCAUGGCAACAUACACUUGUCAGCACCUUGCAUUUAUUCAGAAGUUAUGGAAGCGUUGAAACUUCAACCAGGAUUGUCUUUUCUUAACCUGGGAAGUGGAACCGGAUAUUUAAGUACAAUGGUGGGCUUAAUUUUAGGUCCUUUUGGAAUAAAUCAUGGGAUUGAGCUUCAUUCAGAUGUGGUGGAGUAUGCCAAGGAAAAGCUGGAGAGCUUCAUCAAAAAUAGUGAUAGCUUUGAUAAAUUCGAGUUCUGUGAGCCUGCAUUUGUGGUUGGUAAUUGUCUGCAGAUAGCAUCAGACAGCCACCAGUAUGACCGGGUCUACUGCGGGGCUGGAGUCCAGAAGGACCACGAACACUACAUGAAGAUACUGCUGAAAGUCGGGGGCAUCCUGGUCAUGCCUGUAGAAGACCAGUUAACACAAAUUAUGCGAACUGGACAAAACACUUGGGAAAGUAAAAACAUCCUUGCUGUGUCAUUUGCCCCACUGGUGCAGCCGAGCAAGAACGACAGUGGCAAACCGGACUCUGUGGGCCUCCCCCCCUGUGCUGUCAGGAAUCUGCAGGACUUGGCUCGUAUUUACAUUCGACGCACACUUAGAAAUUUCAUCAAUGAUGAGAUGCAGGCCAAGGGCGUUCCUCAGAGGGCUCCGCCCAGAAGGAAAAGGAAGAGGGUCAAGCAGAGGAUUAACACUUACGUCUUUGUGGGGAAUCAGCUCAUCCCUCAGCCUCUGGACAGCGAGGAGGAGGAGAAGAUGGAAGAGGAUAACGCGGGGGAGGAGACGGGCCGCGGCGCCGCCCGCGAGCAGGAGACGCCGCCCCAGAACUUGCUGAGGGAGAAGAUCAUGAGGCUCCCCCUGCCCGAGGCUCUAAAAGCCUACUUGACGUACUUUAGGGAGAAGUAACUUAGAGCAAGAAGGAAGAACGCCUACUGAUAACUCCUUUAGUCUUGAAAAUGUAGCAUUGUUAGACGUUAAAAGAGAAUGCUUUCUUUCAUCAGAGUGAAUUUUUAGUGGAAAAAGUAUAACUUGUUUCUGUCUUGGUAAUAAAAAUGAUGUAUUCUGUGAUUAAAAAGAAUCCCUUUUAUAAAAUAUAUUUUUCUUUAAAUCUUGUUAAAAUUGCUGUUUUAACUUGGAGCGACUUCAAGAGUGGAAUGUAACAGUAGUCAAGACUGGGUCCUUCAGACCCUCAUCUGGUUCCUUACAGACUAGUAGUGGUGAGGGUUAGAUUUAAUCUUCCAUAAGGUGAAAUAAUCAGGAAGCAUAUAUGUAGUCUGAUUCCAAUUGCAGCCAUUUGCAUUUCCUCCAUGAAACCUUUAUCUAACAAGGAAAUCAGAAGCUUUGUGUGUUGCAGUCACUAUUGCUGAGUUGCUGUAGGUCUGUUCCGGGCAAUGUAUGAGUGCAAUAACGAUGCAGAUACGGAGUAAUGUAGCUUUAAAAAGCCUCCUCCUUUCAGGGAGUUCAACAGCACUGCUACUCUUGCUCUUGAAUCUGUUGCCAAAAGACAUGGGGAAAACAUCUGCUUCUCUCAUAGAGAUUUUAGGAGCACGUCAAGUGAAUAUUAAAGUAAAACGUAUAUACUUAAUACAACUCUUAGUUUGGUUGGACCCUUUACAUUUUCAGUAUUUAAAAAUGAUGAGGUUAUCUUACUCUGAAGUUUUAGAAGAUAGUAUAUUUAGGACGGUUUUCCCUGUAGUCCACUGUAUAAAGUAUUUGCUUUAAGAGAGUCCGUUGUUCUACGCGACUGUUGAUGGCUCAUCGGUGAAUCGGCCUGAGUGGGCUGGUCACAGGUGCACUUUAGCAAAGGAAACUCCUGGUUCAUUGGCAGGUUCAUCCUUGACAAACAGGGCUGCGCCAGCCUGCAUUUGCUUUGAAAUUCAUCUUUGUAGCAUAGGAAGUAGUCACAGAAAUUAUAUGUAGAUGACCUUUUCCUUGAAAAUUCGGAAUCAUAGUGUAAUCUUUGGGACCUACACUGGGCUCAUUUAAUUUCUUCCCAUGUUUUUAUUUUGUUCUUGUUUCUUGUGGUAAAGUAACAGUGCUUUUCAUUUUUUUGAUUAAUAUCCCAUACUACUGUAUUCAUUAUUUGAAUGUCAGUAGUGAAACAGGUGGUAAAUGCCGUUAUUAGUGUUUCUUUUCUUCCUGCUAGGGCCUGAAGAGUCAUGCCUUGUUUAAGAAAGUAUACAGUGUAGCAUAUUUACUAUUUAGUGUUCCAUGGAUUAUAUAUUUUUUAGAAGGAAAAAUUUGAGAGUAUCACUUAUCACCACCAGCAUCACUGUUACAACUGUUGAACAAGUAUGCUUGAGGAAAUGCAAUCGAUGUGUAGUGGAAGGAUUAUUAUGUCUCUGCAAAGAUUCAACCGUUAGAUGAAUGGUUUAAAAAAAUCUCAGCUCUGGUAAUUCCACACGUCUAAAAACAACUGUUUGAAAUAGUCUAAACAUGAAUCAUCCCAGGUAAAUCAGGAUAUUUUAGUAAUGUGAAAGAUAAUUUCGUGGAAGCUGUUCGUUUUUUACCAUUGACUGGGCUUGGGCGUUGGGGGUAUCUCCACAAUUUUUCUUAGGCGAUUACUAAGCUGUUAUUGUUAAGAAAUGCCCCAUUCAUUUCUAUCAAGGAAAAAAAAAUAGUUUCAUGCUAUUGUCACGUUAGAAAUGUUCCUUUUAUUUUGAAAUCAGUGUCCAUUUUAGAAGUUUAAUUUGGGGCUCCUGGUGCCCACAUAUUUUUUAUCUAGCCGCCCCCCCACCAGCUUUGUUGUUUUCGGGGCAAGUGUUCAGAUAACGUCAAUACGACGUUUUCUUAAAUCGUGGUGUUAACUAUUCAUGAGGGACGUUUUUGUUAAGGAUAUAUUUGAAGAUGGAGUUUUUCACAUCAGCUUUUAUUCUGUUGGCUUUGGCAAAAUGUACGGUAGGUUUUCAUAAUCAUUGCCUAUUUUUUGUCAUUGAAAUGUAUCUUUUGUGUUUUUAAAUGCAUUUAUUUCACAGUUGUGACUUUACUAUUGACUUUAAAUAAAGAAGUAGAAAUAAAGAAUGAAAUUUUAAGCGAAAGCCCUUUUAUCUAUUAAUGGGAAUAUAUUAGAAUGAUUAAGAAUAUUUUGGGUGUUUAUUUUUUAAUGAAACAUGUUAUAUUUGAGUGUGGAUAAUUGUGCUUUAUAGGUGGAGAGGUAGCAAAUAAAGAUGAAGUAAUUCAAAAUGAUGAGCAGUGUAUUCAUGGGAAUUUACAGUGGGGUAAUUAUUUGUUUUGCGGAGAGAAAGUAGGCCUAGGGAGGGAGCACGACGACUUCCCCCCUCAGUCAGAUUGCUGCUUGGAGAUGGCUUGAGAUAGCACCCAGGAUCUGAUAGAGCCCAAGAAACUGCCGGCAACACCAUUAACUACCAGGAACAUCGUUUAAAUCUGUACUGCUUAUUGGUCCAUAUAUCUGCUUCUAGUACUAAUAAAGAAAAAUGUCAUUAAGAUAGCACACAUAGUAGUUAAAAUACAAAAUGUGGAAGUGUUGGUGUUCAGCUGUUUGAGAGGACAAAAGUGAAGCAAAACCUGUUAAUUUAUGGGAAAACUUGGAAAAUUAUUUUAAAUAAACAGUUGCAUAUAAUUAA